GAGGUAACUGUAUCAAGCAUUUUGACAGAAUUAAGCCCCUUCUUUGAAUUAGAAUUUUCGUUAAAGUUUUUGUAAUACCUCAAAUAUUUUCAAAGUCCAUUGACAUAUGGCUUUGAAACAAGUUGAAAUAUUAUACUCUUCUUUGAGAGCAUAAUAGGACUCUCUGCUAGGCCUUAAACUGUAACAUGGUUUGAAAGAAAAAAAAUGUCCUUUUGUUAACUAAGAAAAUUUUACAUUAUCAAGUCUUUUUUACUAUCAAGCACUAAGAAUAGUCGAGCGUUGCUGUCCUAACCGACAGCUCUUGUUAAUGUUUUCACUGACUUUAUCAAUUUCAAAUGUCUAAAUGUGUGUAAUAAUGAUGCAUUUUAAGACCAUUUGAGCUUUUAAGUCACAGUCGUAUAAAAUAAAUAUCAACUUGGCCGUUAUGAAUUUAAUGUAAAGAGAUAUAAAAGUCAAAUCAUAAUAUGGACAUAACAUUUCUUUCUUUCUUCAAGAAACAGGUAAAAGAUGACAACGACUGACGACGAAAGGCAUUGUAGAAUUUGCUUAAUGUUGAUGAAUGGAGGCACGAAAAUAAGUAAAGCAUUAUUUGAGAAAUGUAUGAAAGUUCAGACACCAGAAAACCAUAUUCCUCAUCCUUGGUCCCUAGAUGACUUUCUGAGGGCGAAUGAGACGAAGAUUUUGGGAACUGAAACAGGGAAAGCCAAGAAAAAGAUCAUUUUUUCUGCGCAAGGUGUAAGUUCACAAGUCGAAGAAUGGGACCUAUAUAUGUACUGUUUCUUUCUUAUUGAGAUAGUUGACGUUGAAUGUCGUGUGCGAAUGGAUAUUAAACAACUUCGAAAAAUAAGAAAUAAAAUUUGUCAUCUAAAUGAGCCAAAAAUUGGUAUAGAAAAAUACAACAGAACAGUUGAUAAACUCGGAGUUAUUUAUGAAAGACUUCUCAAGGAAAUUUGUGACGAAGAGCUUACAAUUGAAGUGAAUAGAAUUAUUAAGGCAUCAAAAGAAGAUCCUCUUUCUACCAAGGAAAUAAUAUUUACUUUGCAUAAAUUUUACAAGACAGAUUUAGAAACUAGAGAAAUAUUGACACAACAAAACGCAGAAACUAGAGAAAUAUUGACACAACAAAACGCAGAACUUUCCUGCAAUGUCAAAACAUUGAUGAAAAAAAUGGAUGAUAUUGAGAAGAAACAAAAUUUGAUGUUAAGUCGCGGGUUAGUUGAUUGUGAAUUCGAGAACUGUACAGAGACCUGUGUGGAGUUGCGAAUAAAGAAUUGUCCUAGUUGUACGGAAAGAUUUAUUUCAAAUGCCCUUGUUAGCAUGUACAAAAAGGAAACUGGUCAGCCGUCAAACGAACAAUUAUAUUUAUCUGAAGAAACACGUACUGAAAUGAUGGCUGCUGUUAAAGACACAGUUGCUUCCUUUGCGUCAAAGAAACGGGCUAUAAUCGAUGUUGAGCAAAACUGUGUCAUUUUACUACUAAACUGUUCCACUGUUAAUUCAUUGCUGUCAUUGUUUUAUGACUGCAUAAACGGGGAUCUCAAUAAAGAAUUUCAAAAAUUAGAGUCCGCAGUAAGACAGAUAAAAGGACUAGAGGAAGUUUCCCUUGAAGCUGUUUUAUACAUGGACGAGUUCUAUAGGACAAUGCACAGAACAGGUAUAGUAGUAUAUAAAAAUGACUUGAGGCAAAAAUUACAAGACGUUGGAUAAGCAUCGUCUAGUAAGGAUUCCUAUUUCCCGAAUGUCUUUGAUAUGUAGGAAUUAUGAUAUUUUAAUGGUUAUACUUUCGAAUUCAUAGAUAUAUUUCUAGCCAGCGUUUUACAGUUUUGCAAAUCUUUAAU